AUGCGAAAACAGCCAUAUAUUGCAUUUCAUCGGCCAUUGUGCUUUUGGAAUGUUUCGGAUUGUAUGAAAUGGCUAAAAGGUCGCCAUCCAAAGCUCGCUUUUAAAUAUGCAAAUAUUUUCUCGAAACAUCAUAUAACCGGUCGAAUCUUAAUUGAAAUAAAUGAUGAGUUACUGCAAGAUAUUGGUGUGGACAAUUUUGAAGAUAGGCAAGAAUUACUACUCGAAAUUCAGCGUGAAAAAUUAUACGGCGAUUUCGACAAAUUUUCGAAGCUUUCUAAAUGCUGA